UCAGUGAGCUGAUCAGAGAGAAAGCAUUCUGCCAGCCCGGCUCCUACCAAUCGCAAAUCACUUCCUAACCUCCGCCUUUUUAACAUAUUUCAUCACUUUCAUUCCCUUCUCCGACUAUUUUCCAGCGCACGGAAGAAGGUUUUUGUUUGCAGGUUGUGAUCUUUAGUGCUUUUUUUUUGUUUGUUGUGUUUGUUUUUGCGCUGAGGGAGAGUUGCCUUCAUAUUCCCAAGCUCUCCAAACAUUUGGCAUCAUCUUGCGCGCGUUGCUGGCGCCAACAACACGAGGAGGAAAAAAAGGGGAAGAUUUGCUUCCCCCACCACCACCACCACCCCCCCCUCCCUAUCUUAACCAGUUUUCUCCAAGACUUGGGCUGGAACUUGAUAAUAAGCUGCUCACCAAUUGUUUCAUGCUGCUGCUGCUGCUGCUGCUGUGGGGAGCGGUCUUCUCAGCCGGCUCCAUCCUCCUCUGAACAGUCCAUGCUACCUCGGUUGAUUCUUUCUGAGACACUGAAGCCACCUUCCCUCAUUGAUGGGCGUACUGGAUGGCUGACUGGAAGCGCCCCUGGACUUGGCCUCUAAGCGCAAGGCAGCCGCUCCGCUCGCCAUCGCGUCAGCUCUGAAGAACAAGACGAAGACGAAGAGGGAGAAGAACGUGCCUCCCGGCGCCUCCAGCACCAACAAAUCCGACACUUGUCCCGGAGAUCCCGAGUGAAGUCACCGUCGGCUGUGUUGGACAUUCCGUGUCCGGCUCCUCAGUCCCAGUUUCCUCCAGACAUCCUCCACCGCGACACCAAAACGGCAGACAAAAAGUUUCUCUCCGUUGACUCAUAGAUAUGGCAAUGGUAGCGUGGAGAGGCUCCCAGGACGAUGUGGCUGACACCCAAGGCGCCCUUUCCUCGCAAACCCAAGGCGGACUGUCCCUGCCCACCCCGCAGCCGGGCCAGCUGAGCCUGACAGCCUCGCAGAUCGCAGCUCCGACCCCCCAGACCCCCGUGCAGGGACCCCCGAACAACGCGCAGUCCACGCCGACGAACCAGACGACGCAGCAGUCGGAGAAGCAGCCGCAGCACAUCGAGUGCGUGGUGUGCGGGGACAAAUCCAGCGGCAAGCACUACGGCCAGUUCACCUGCGAGGGCUGCAAGAGCUUCUUCAAGCGGAGCGUGCGGCGGAACCUCACCUACACGUGCCGCGCCAACAGGAAUUGUCCAAUCGACCAGCACCACCGCAAUCAGUGUCAAUACUGCCGCCUCAAAAAAUGCCUUAAAGUCGGCAUGAGACGGGAAGUUUCUCUUUUUACUGCAGCCGUGCAAAGGGGACGGGUGCCACCCACGCAGCCACACCACGGUCAGUUCGCCCUGACAAAUGGAGACCCACUCCACUGCCAUUCCUACUUAUCCGGAUAUAUCUCUCUUCUGUUGAGAGCGGAGCCUUACCCCACGUCCCGCUAUGGCAGCCAGUGCAUGCAGCCCAACAACAUCAUGGGCAUCGAGAACAUUUGCGAACUCGCGGCCAGGAUGCUAUUCAGCGCCGUGGAGUGGGCCAGGAAUAUUCCCUUCUUCCCAGACCUUCAGAUCACAGACCAGGUGGCUCUGCUGAGGUUGACGUGGAGUGAGUUAUUCGUGCUCAACGCGGCGCAGUGCUCCAUGCCCCUGCAUGUGGCCCCGCUCCUGGCGGCCGCUGGCCUGCACGCCUCCCCCAUGUCCGCGGACAGAGUGGUGGCCUUCAUGGACCACAUUAGGAUCUUCCAGGAGCAAGUGGAGAAGCUCAAAGCUUUGCACGUUGACUCUGCUGAAUAUAGCUGCUUAAAGGCCAUUGUGCUCUUCACCACAGAUGCUUGUGGCCUCUCAGAUGUGGCCCAUGUGGAAAGUUUGCAGGAGAAGUCCCAGUGCGCCCUGGAGGAAUAUGUCCGGAGCCAGUACCCCAACCAGCCGACUCGGUUCGGGAAGUUGUUACUCCGCCUGCCCUCCCUCCGCACCGUCUCCUCCUCCGUCAUAGAACAGUUAUUUUUCGUCCGAUUGGUAGGUAAAACCCCCAUUGAAACUCUCAUCAGGGAUAUGUUGCUGUCCGGGAGCAGUUUUAACUGGCCUUACAUGUCAAUUCAGUAAAAACGAAAGACUAACAAAAGGUGGAGGGACUGAUGAAAACCCGGGGAGGGGGCUACAAUGAUUAUAGCUGCUUUUGUGGAAGGAAUAAGAAAAAAAAAAAAAAAAAAAACCCGGCUGUUACACGGGGCUGGCUUUUAUGAAGAAAGACAUUAAAGACUGUGACACCCCCCCACCCACCACCACCACCACCCCCCGUUGCCCCCACCCUCCUCUUUACCCCGACAAAAAAAAAAACAGAAAGAAAAAUUAAGACAUCCACUGAACUUUCAAAAUACAAGCUCCAGUUCACCUGUUUUUUUGUUGUUGUUGUUUUUUAAUAAUGAAAGAAGAAAUCCUUUAAAAACAAGAGAAGAGGGGAGAAGGGAUUCUGUUGUCCUUAUGAGGAAAUUUUAAGUAUUAAGUGCAUUUAAAAAUAGAAAAAUGUGGGUAUAAAAAGACAAAAAAAAUUGAAGAAAGGGGAAAAAAAAAAUUCACCUGACUUUUAUUUUAUUUUAUUCUUUUGGUCCUGUGUCCAUGUAUCUAGCUGUGUUUUUGUACUUUCUUUGUUCCUCCUUUCUGGUUACAAACCGGUGGUUUCUGUAGUAUACAGGUGGUGUUCUUUUUUACGAUUUAUUUUGAAAUGGUGAAAUAAUGUAAAGAAUAAAAACCUUAGUUCUAAACAGAAUUAAAACCACAGCAAUAGGAGAAUAUGUGAUCUGGGCUUAACGCUGCAAGCGCACUUAUUCACAAUUUUUAGGCGGGGAACUAAGAAUUGGAUGUUUAACUUCAUUGAAACAUUUUUUUUAUGAAGCUACAUUUAUUAUUAAUAAUAUUAUUAUUAUUCCAUUAAAAGCCUCUUAUCAAUUGGGAUCAUCAUUGGACGCUCGCAGAACACAAUUUAAACUGUUUGGCAAAAAUGUGCCCCCUGAUUUCAUUCAGCUCUUAAUGUCAUGGCAUCACUUCUUAAAUUGGAUAUGAAUAAACAAGAAAGAAAGAAAUUAAAAACAAGUAAAGCAUGCUGUUAUUUAAAAACUAGAAGAAAAGAAAUUUGGAAAUAGGUUGCUCCAAACGCAUUGAGAAGCAUUUUUUUUUUUUUUUUUUUUGUAAUUGCACAUAAAAGCUUCUUUUCCUCUAAAAAUAAAAAAUAAAGUUAAAGAGGUCAAAGGUCAUACAAUUUCCAAGUCUUAGCCAGCGUAGUAUUUAAACCGCAGUAUUAUUCAAGCGUCCCUGAACGUGUCACCCUUUCGAGCAGUAAGUGCCUGACAAUGAUGUGACUUCUUAUCCAAAACGUUAAGAAAUAAAUUAAAAACAGACCUGCAACAUUUUAUUAUUAUUAUGUUUUAUUUGAUUAUGGGAAGAAGGGUGGGGGGAAGCGAUUAGAUUUCACUUGAAAACACUGAUUUAGAACCAGUAUUCUUGUAAAUAUAUAGGUCAGCUCAUUUCAACAUGUUUUUGUUCCUUUCUACAAAGAAAUAUGUGAUUAAGAAGAAAAAAAAAUCUGUGGUUGCCAUUUUUUUUUUUUUUUCCUCUCAGUAAUACGACGUCUUCGGAAUUGAGUGGCAGACUUAGCUAGUAGCACUGAAAAGUUCUGUUUUUAAUGUAUAUACAUAUUAUUACAAAUGUUUUUUUUUUCUUUCUCAUGUAUAUUUAGACUGUGAAUGCAUGGCCACAGGUCGCUAACCUAUUUUACCUUUGAUAUAUAAAUGUAAAUGUUUUCUCUCUCUCUUUUUUUUUUUUCUUCUCCUGAUUGUAUAGAUAUAAUCUGUGCAUUCUAGCCCUUGUAUUUAAAAAAAAAAAGAAACAGGGACAAAAAAAAAGGUAAAUGAGCGUUCAUUAUUAGGCUGCAGACUUAAACAGGGUGAGCAGGUUUUUGGAGGAAGAAGAAGAUGAUGAAGAAG